GGCGGCUCCUCUCUCGGCGGGCGCGGGCUCUGCCCCUCCCUGGCUGCGUGUCCUCGGCCUGGAGCCCCCUCUCCGCAGCGGGGCCCUCUCCCCUGGAGAUGGGCUGUCCCUGCCCUACGGUGCGAGGGCCGGCUGCGUCCUCCAGGCCGGGGCGUUUCCUGAUGUAAGUGCCCCGCUUCCCGGGAGGAGUCUGUCCCCUCCUGCCUGUGGAGAGUGGCAGGUAGGGGGCUGCAGAAGGACCGCGCUUCCCUAGCAGUUUCCCCUGCCGCAAUGGGCUACUUUUGCCAGAGCCUGGUAUCUCAUAGAUGGGAAGAUGCAACCACCCGGAAAACUUGCAGCCAUGAGUGUAAUCAGACUACAGGGGAAGCAUAAGCCUGUGUAUCAUGCACUAAGUGACUGUGGAGACCAUGUUGUCAUAAUAAACACAAGACACAUUGCAUUUUCUGGUAACAAAUGGGAACAGAAAGUAUAUUCUUCUCACACAGGUUAUCCAGGUGGCUUUAAACAAGUGACAGCAACACAACUUCACCUAAAAGAUCCAACAGCAAUUGUUAAACUGGCUAUUUAUAGAAUGCUUCCAAAGAACCUGCACAGAAGAACUAUGAUGCAAAGGCUGCACCUCUUUCCAGAAGAUGUUAUCCCAGAAGACAUACGUAAUAAUCUUGUAGAGGAGCUUGCUCAGCCACGCCAAAUCCCCAAAAGGCUAGAUGAAUACACACAAGAAGAAAUAGAUGCCUUCCCAAUGCUCUGGACUCCACCUAAAGAUUAUCGAAAGAUGUGAAAAAGAACUGAAAGAGGAACUGCUGUCUUUCCUGCAAAAAAUGAGUUCCAGCAUCACAUUAACUUGGAAACCCACGUGCAUCUUAAUCAUCCAUUCUAUGUAGAGGACAGAUUUUUUUCAGGUACAAGGAAAAUUUGUUUGGGGAAGAUCAGUCAUCUUUAGUGUAAUGGAAAUACCAAGCUAAACACUGAUAUAAUAUUUCUGACAUUUCCUGCUCCAGAAUGUAUUGCAUGAAUCUAGCCUUUGAUUUUGAAUGUUAAUAAAAUGAUUUUAUUUCUCUAUA